ACUACUAGGUCACUCACUACGACGGACCAGAGCAAUUGCAAUCCACCGGAAAUAUCUCUGUCGCCGCCGGCGCCGGUCGCCGCCGCUGCGCCAUGCUCCGGCUCCGAGAGUGCGUCGUUUCCCGCCUCCUCUCUCCUUCCUCCACCUGUGCCGUCUCCCCUCUGCUUCGCCUCCUCUCAGCAUCCGCAUCGGCACCCCCCAUUUCCCCGAACCCUAGUAGCUUCGCCGUGGAGGAGUACCUCGUCCACACCUGCGGCCUCACCCGGCCCCAAGCCCUCAAGGCCUCCACCAAGCUCUCCCACCUCAAGUCCCCCGCCAACCCCGACGCCGUCCUCGCCUUCCUCGCCGGCCUCGGCCUCUCCGGCGCCGACGUCUCCGCGGUCGUCGCCAAGGACCCGCAACUCCUAUGCGCCAAAGUGGACAAAACCCUGGCUCCGGUGGUCGAUGGGCUCACCGACCUCGGCCUGUCGCGUUCUGACAUCGCCCGCCUUGUCUCGCUCGCCCACGCCUAUUUCCGCUGUAGAUCCAUAGUCUCCAGGCUGCAGUACUACCUGCUCCUCUUGGGCUCCUUCCACAACUUCCUCCGGCUGCUCAAGCACUCACCCCGCCUUCUGUCGUGGGACCUCGACAAGGUUGUCAAGCCCAAUGCUGUGUUUCUUAGGGAGUGCGGGCUAGGUGAUUGUCAUAUUGCCAAGCUGUGUAUCCCUGUGCCGAGGAUGCUCGCCACCAACCCGGAGCGCGUCCGGGCAAUGGUGGCAUGUGCUGAAAGAUUGGGUGUACCUCGUGGCACUGGAAUGUUCAGGCAAGCGCUACGGGCUGUCGCGUUUCUCAACGAGGAGAAGAUUGCCACCAAAGUGAACUACUUGAAGAGUACGUUCAGGUGGUCUGAUGCCGAAGUGAGCAUUGCUGUGCGCAAGUAUCCGAUUCUGCUGGAGAAGUCAAAGGAAUCUCUGAACCGCAGGUCCGAGUUCCUGUUCUCUAAGGUGGGGGUGGAACCCGUGUACAUUGCUCAUCGACCGGAAAUACUUUCUUAUAGCAUGGAGGGCCGACUCAGACCCCGGUACUAUGUUAUCAAGUUUCUCAAGCAAAAUGGACUGCUAGAUCGUGACUUGAGCUUAUAUUCUGCGGUCAAGAUGACUGAGAAGGUAUUUGUGGAGAAGCUCAUAUGCCCUCACAAGGAAGCCGCGCCACACCUCGCUGAAGACUAUGCAACAGCUUGCAAAGGGGAGAUGCCAACUAAUUUCAGAUUCACAUGAACAAAAAAGGGCUAUGGAAGUUGGUUACAGUGUAUGGCGCAACAAAGUUAUCACCCUGCGUCUUGUUUCUUGCAGCUAGUUCUGCUUUAGUUAUCAACCCCAUCCCUUGGAAAAAAGAAGGUAGCACCGAAGAUUGCAGUUAAUACAAAACUAAGUCACUUAUUUUGGGACGGAGGGAGUAUGAAAUAAAAAAAAGGAAAAUAUGAUAGAAUGUUGCAAAAAAAAGAGAGCGAUUGCAUGCUCCCUCAGCAGAAGCAGCAAAGCUCGGGGCAUUCUAGGCAUCAUCAUCUUGCACAUUGGCACUGAUGUUUUCCGUGCCAGAAGCAGUUGAUCCAAGGUGGAUGAUGCAGCCCAGGAGCAAGUGGUGAAGAACAUUCCUUGAGCGGCCCUAUGCUACCUGGUCGGGCCUUCUUAUGACAAUUUUUUUUAUUGGAUCUGGAACUUGAUUGCUUCUCCUUGCGCAGUAGUAGAGCAUAACAUGGUUUCUAA